CUGAUACCAACACUGAUGGGCCUUAUCUUAUCCUCUGCUGAAGCUUGUGUGUCAGUGUUGGCUCAGUAAUGGAAGACUGUUCCUUCCUCUUCCAUGUGUUGUACAUCUCCUCAAGCUCGCAGGAUAACAGAUCAACAGACUUGCGUGGUGACAACUACAAGAGAGCGAGUAGUAACAGUAGCAUCACUGAGCUACAAGAGAGCGAGUAGCAACAGUAGCAUCACUGAGCUACAAGAGAGCGAGCAGCAUCACUGAGCUACAAGAGAGCGAGCAGCAUCACUGAGCUACAAGAGAGCGAGCAGCAUCACUGAGCUACAAGAGAGCGAGUAGCAACAGUAGCAUCAUAGAGCUACAAAAGUGAACAGAAGCAGCAGCAGCAGAGACGGACAGCCAUGUUCCCUUUUAGACGCAAGGAUGACAUCUACUGCAGACCCCAGACUGGGGCGUCAGUGACCUCAGUACAGUUCACAUGGCUAGAGAUGGUGUGGAUGGUGGUGGUGUCUCUGUCCUACCUGCUGGGAUACGCUAUCCAGAUCAGCAUCGUAGUUGACAAGUAUACUCAGGAGGAACCUCCCGAUAAUUGUAGCCUCUACCUCGUCUUCUUCCUCCUGCCACACCUUGCAGCGGGGCUCAAGAAUCUUCAGUACCACUACCGCGAAGCUAGAGAAGAGGAAGGUGAAGAUGGAGCUAAGGAAUGGAUCAUCACCAUUCUCUUCCUCCCCUUCAGCCCCCUCAUAAGAUUUGCUCGAGCCUGGAAGUUUGGUAUUGGAGAGAAGGACAACUGGGAGGACGGUAUCAGGUAUGUGGAUGAGAUGGUGACUGUAGGAGUGCUGAGACUGUUUGAAGUGUUCUUGGGCGACGGUCCUACUAUUUGUCUCCUCCUGCGUGAUGAUGUGUGGGGACGCUCAGUUGACUGGAAGGAAUAUGUCCAAGGUCCUCAAGACAUACUCCGGUGUGGACCUCAGUGUAACCUGCAGCCUCAAAAUCCCAUUGAGUUUUGGACUAUAUUCAGAAUGAUCUUCCUUCUCUCCAAGAUGGCCCAGUGUGUCACCUUCUACCUGGUGAUAGUGAAGCGAUUGCAACACCUACAGCAGCCUGAGUACUUUCACCACCUCAGCAAUAGUAACUCCCGGCAGGGCAGACUCAAUUUCUUCGCUACUCUCAUACUCUACGCUGCUCACUUCUUCUUUAUCGGUUCGCGUGUGACUGGAUACAGCAUGGUGGGGACAGCAUGUGGAGCUUGGGUGUAUUUUAUUAUUGGUGCUCACUGGCUUGUCAACACAUGUUGGCACCUCGUCUCCGUAGUCAGUAGCAAUGGCCUUACUCCUGCCAGGUAUGUCUCACCAUUAUGA